GUCUAGCUUGAAAUCUCUGAGCUCAAAGAGGUGGAUGGUCCAUGGCUGAGCCGGAAUCAGUAAACGGAGGAGUGAAAGAGAACAAAUUAUGGAAAGGAGUAUUCGCAGUUUCCGGCAUUAUGUCUACUCUUGUAAUCUACGGUGUUCUUCAGGAGAAGAUAAUGAGAGUUCCUUAUGGAGUGAACAAAGAGUAUUUUAAACACUCUUUGUUUCUGGUUUUCUGCAAUCGGCUCACUACAUCAGCUGUCUCUGCUGGUGCUUUAUUGGCAAGCAAGAAAGUUUUGGAUCCUGUAGCUCCGGUUUAUAAAUAUUGUCUUAUAUCAGUGACUAACAUCUUAACCACAACAUGCCAAUAUGAGGCUCUCAAGUAUGUUAGCUUUCCAGUUCAAACUCUUGCAAAAUGUGCUAAAAUGAUACCAGUAAUGGUGUGGGGAACGCUCAUUAUGCAGAAAAAGUAUAAGGGAUUUGACUAUUUAGUGGCUUUUCUGGUGACCCUUGGCUGCUCUGUCUUUAUUCUUUUUCCGGCAGGAGAUGAUGUUAGUCCGUACAAUAAGGGUAGGGAAAAUACUGUUUGGGGUGUUUCCCUUAUGGCUGGUUACCUGGGGUUUGACGGCUUUACAAGCACAUUCCAAGACAAGCUCUUUAAAGGAUACAAUAUGGAGAUACAUAACCAAAUAUUCUACACAACACUUUGUUCUUGUGUUUUGAGUUUUACAGGACUUAUAUUGCAAGGGCAUUUACUACCAGCUAUAGAUUUUGUUUCUCUGCAUAGGGAUUGUUUACUCGACAUCGCUCUGCUUUCUACGGUUGCAACAGCAAGCCAGUUCUUCAUUUCUUACACAAUUAGGACAUUUGGUGCUCUAACAUUUGCUGCAAUCAUGACGACCAGACAGCUUGCAAGCAUCAUGCUCUCAUGCAUUUGGUUUUCUCAUCCUCUUAGCUGGGAGCAAUGUAUCGGAUCGGUCAUCGUUUUCGGAUCUUUAUACGCGAAAAACUUACUGAACAACAAGAAAAAAUCACAAACGCAACCACCGCCUCAAGAACUUCCGCAGUACGAAAAGGCUGAGAGCUCUUAAGAAGGAAUGUUUAACACCAUUUAGAGGUUUUUGCUCUUGAUAUAACCCUCCACAGAACAAAACAGAACUAGCCGUUAGGUAACUGAAAUUAGCAUUCAUAUAGACUCUUUGUAUUUGUUUCAUCUUUUUGAAAUUUUGUUGAAUCUCGUGUAGAUUUGAUUAUCUU